ACUACGUACUCCGUGCUGGGCCUCAGACAAGCAGCUGGAGAGCACUGCUAGCUGCUGAACCUCCCUCUGGCAGCAAGAGCCUCAGGCCAGUCAUGACAGUGCUGCAAGGCUGGCAGACAGGGCUCUAACUCUCAUCUCCACGCUGGGUAGGGCUGCUGGGAUCAGAGCCAGUCCUGUGUGGCAGAGUCUCACAGCUGUGUCCAGCCCUCAGAGGGCCUUCUCUGCUCCAAACCCCAUCUCAACUCUUGCUCCAUCGUGCAUCCCUUAGCUGCUGACCUAAGCUCAGAAGAUGGAUGGUCCAGAGCUGAGCUGGCUGGUGAAUCGCUCCCUUCCCCUUCCACUGGGCUCUGCACAAUACCCUGAGCUCAGACUUGACCUGCUUGACAGGAAAAGUUCCUGCCUGCAGCUGGCUGCCAUGAGGAAUGUGAACAUCAUCCUGCAGCACUACAACUUCACAGGCAAGCUGACCAACCGGCAGACUGGGGAUGAGGGCAUGGGUCUCAUCCGCACAACCUUUGCCAUCAUCAGCUGCAUCAUCAUCCUGGAGAACCUGCUUGUGCUGCUGGCCAUCCUGCGGUGUCUGCGAGCCCGCCGCUGGGUCUACUCCUGCAUUGCCAGCAUCACCGUGAGCGACCUGCUUGCAGGAAUUGCCUACCUUUCUAAUCUCUGCCUCUCGGGCAAGAAGACCUUCCAGCUUUCACCUCAGCUCUGGUUCCUGCGGGAAGGCAUUCUCUUCAUCGCGCUGGCUGCCUCCACCUUCAGCUUGCUUGUGACUGCCAUCGAGCGCUACAGUGCCAUGGUAAGGCCAAUUGCUGAGAAUGAAGCCAGCAAGACCCUGCGCUUACGCAGCCUGAUCAUUUCCUGCUGGCUGCUUGCCUUCAUCAUUGGAUUGCUUCCGCUGCUGGGCUGGAACUGUCUGUGCAACUUCAAUGCCUGCUCUGUCCUCCUGCCUCUCUACUCCAAGAACUACAUCCUUUUCUCCGUGGUCAUGUUCAGCAUCAUCCUCCUGGGGAUCAUUGGCCUCUACAUCUCCAUCUUCCAGCUGGUCCAGGCCAGUUCUAGGCAAACCAGUUCUCGGCACAGCCGCAAACGGUCCCUGCGCUUGCUCAAGACUGUGCUGAUAAUCCUGGGUGCCUUCAUCAUCUGCUGGAGUCCCCUCUUUGUCCUGUUGCUCUUUGAUGUUUUCUGUGAGACCCAGACCUGCACAUACCUCCACAGCCUGGACUGGACCUUGGCUCUGGCCAUGCUUAACUCAGGCGUUAACCCCAUCAUUUACUCCCUCCGGAGCGUGGAGGUGCGCCGUGCUGUGGGAAGCCUGCUGUGCUGCUGCUGUGUCAAGGUUGGGCUGUGCAAGCCUGGGAACUGCUUGGUCAUCACAGACAUCAACUCUGGCUCAUCCACAGAGAGCUCCCUGCGCUACCGGGAUAGCUUCCGCAGCUCUGUAGCACUGAAUGCCCGGCCCAGAGCACCUCUCUCCAGCAACUCCAGCAUGAUGAGCAAUCUCCCCAGCCUCUGAGAGGCCACGGGGAGAGCAAAAGUUGCCAGACAGCCCACCAGGACCUCGUGCUGCUGGUCCUGGCCUGGCAGAACUGUAGCCUACAUGCAGCUCAGGCUGACCAGGUGCAGCCCCACCCCAGUUGUUAACUGUGGCCAGGCUUUCCAGUCCCUUCAGACUGGGAUGUUGCUUCACUGUGGGUGCAGCAUAGGGACAGGCAUUGCUCUUCAGAUGGGAGUGAAGGAUAUGGGCACAUUUUGGGAUUGACGCUUUGCUGAGACAACUGCUGUGCCUAGGUUAUAAGUGGACCCUGCUCUGUGUGUGCAUGUAUAUAGAUGCUGUACCUGCCCCGAUGAGGGUAUUUUGCCCCUGGGCACAGUGACAAAUAGGGUGGGUAUCCCCAACCAGACUGCUCCCCAACCCCUUGGGAUCAGGUGAGGCUGGCAGUGCUCCACUGCAUGUCAUGCAGGGCUGGAGGUGAUACUUGAGUCUUCUGCUGCAGUUUACAGCCUUCUGGAACUCCUGUGAUGGGCACAGCUGCUGGGAAAGGAUGCAGGCUUGAUGUCUUGCCAGGGAAUUAAGAACAACUGGGUUUGCAAGUGCAAGUAUGUGCAGCUGUGGGGCAGCCCAGAGGCCCCUGGCCAGGAACAAAGUGCCCACCUGUAGUGCCACACAAACCAGUCACAGGAUAGCAGGGAGCUGCAGCAACAGCCCAAUCCCUCACCAGAGUGCAGAGCCUGGGCACUGUGCCUGGGCAAAUGCUGUGACAGUGCUUACAGCCUGGCAGCAAGAAGUAAGAGCCCUGCCAUGCCUCUGGGCAUAGGGCUGCACCUGCAGUGACAGCCCUGACACCACCAUGGGCAGAAAGAGGUACCCACAGUGACUGGGGAGUCUGGUACCAUCAUGCAUGGCAGAGCUACCUGCUCCCAUCUGGCUGAACCUCUCAGGUAACAUAUACCUGUACAGCAGAGGGUUCGUAACGCUAUGGCCUCCCAGACAGGUAGGUCAUGCUCUGGUAAAAAUGCCAAGUUCUAAGGUCCCCACACAAGGGGAGGUGCCCACUGUGGUGGGCACGGGAAGGUUGAGCAGCAGCUUGUAGAUGGCUUUGCAUUCUGUUGUCUCCAGUGGGGUUUGGCUCAUACCUGAACAGAAGCAGCAGGAAUUGUUUCCUCUUCCUUUCGGGGCCAAAAAGGCUGCAUCCUUCCAGAAGACUUUACAAAAGCAGUGUUUGCAACAGAACACAUUUGGAAGAAUCACUUCAACAACCUGGAACAGAGUCAUCACGCAGAGGCAAGAGUGGGGUGGAGCCUGCCCCACGCCCUUCUGAAGGUCAGCACAGCUUGGGAAAGGAAUGGAGGGGUCUGAUCCUAGCAUGUUUUCUCUAAGCAUUACCACAUUUGGAGAAGGGGGUCACCCAUACUCUGCCAGGGAAAUGUUCUGAGGGUCUCCACCUCCCUGUGAGCUGGGCAGCAUCAACAGCAGGGAAGGUACCUAAGGACCCCAGGAGCCAGGCUCACAGUAGUCACAUAUGGAUUCUCCUUGCUGCCCCAGGGCUGAGCACUGCUGCCCUGACCUCUCUGAAUGCCAUGCCUUCUCUCCCCUGAGCUUGCAGGUCAGUGACUGCCUGGCUGCAGCCUCUGACGCUGUCAGUUUGCUGGCUGGUAUCUGUGAAGUAGCAGGAGAGAUCCCAAGUUGCUGCAGCUUCACAGGCAGGAAGCUUAAGAGGUUACCAAGUCAUGCACGGACACAGCCCAGCUGGCAGCAGAAACGGACGUUUCCGUGGGCAGGCAGGUAGCUGUGCUGCAUGAGGUUGGUGGGGGCAACUGCUCCCAGGGCAAGGCUGGCUGGGGCCAACAGAGGCUUUUGCAGGGCUUGGAGACCUUGGAGACCAGCAGCAGGGCUGGAAGGGCUGGGACUGUGACAGGGGUCAAGCAGCACUAGCAGCUCUGAAGGAGCCAACAGAACAUUGCAGAAUGCCUGGUGUCACAGGGAAGGGGGGGGCAGGGUCACAAUGACACCCACAUGCAAGGCCUGUAGGUUGCAGAAGUUCAUUGGGGCCAGACUUCAUCCCCAGUACCGAGAGGACUGCUCUGUGCUACAGAAAAUGGCUGGCUCCAAAAUAGCCCCAUUCCUGCCUGGGUCUGAUGGAGACCCAGUGGGGCCCAGAAGGCACGGCCAGCUUGCGCCUCAGACUCCUGCUCGUCUGUUCCCUAACCAAGUGAAAAAUUAGAGCAGUACCCAAAUGCCUCCUUUCAUCC